AUGGGAACAGGCCGAGCUCGAAAAAGCAGCAUGUCUUUGCCCGACUCUGGGCGUGAUGCCUGGACCGGGCAAGAUGACACCAUCCUUAAGAAACUGUUCGAACUCUACGGUGCCAACUGGACUCUCAUCGCGCAGGUCUUCAAUUCGACUACUGCGGUCUCUCGAUUCGUCUGUAAAAAGCGCUCACCUCGGCAGUGUUAUGACCGCUACGGCAAGAUAAUUUCUUGUGGUCUCGCUGCAGUUUCAAGCGGGGCUUCUGCUAGUGCAAUGGUAGCUAUAACGACCGAAAGCAAGCCCGGCGUUUCUGUCAAAGUCCAGCGUGCUACAAGUGUUGCGGCCGCAGUACUGGACACGCGCAUCGGAUUGACGCGUAACGAAUUGCUUGUGAAGUUCCCACAACGUUAUUCUCUACCUGGCAUACCGCCACCUUCUAUCGCGAGCGCACCGAGCCGGAAAGGAUUGACGCUCGCCUAUAGACAAAGACAAGUGGUGGCUGAUGCUGAUGCUGGCACAAAGGCAAUAUAUACGAAUGCUGGAGCCCUGGAGGACUUAGGGUCAAUAAGAGCCUCAUUUGACGCGAUCAUUCAGUGUGUGAAGCGCAAGACGUCGCCACCACCGAUUCCGAUUCCUGUCGAAGCUAGUUCUGCGACGCCCGGGCCGACCGCGGCGCCACCUGCUGCAAGCUCAACGGACUUGGGUACAAAAGCUUCACUCACAGCUGCAUCCUUUCCGUCUUCGCACACCUUGACUACUACUGCAGCCCCAUCUACUCCAACGAAAGCCAGCGCAAAAGUGUUUAGAAAAGCUUCCGUCUCACCAGUCACGGCCACAAAGUCGAAUCGUGUGGUGGUGCCGCCGCCGCACAAGUCACACACAGACAUGAUUGCGCUUCUUCCAGGAUCUCUGCUAGGUCCAGACGAAGUAAUUAAACGCAGCAAAGAGGCGGCCGUUGUGGCUGUACAAGCGGCAGCGGUCGUGGCUUCCACUGGGCGUGACGGGUCGCCACUUUCAGCGAGUGGCGACGUGAUGCUGGGUGCUGGCUCGGGUUUCGGAGUCUCUGUGAGUACUUCAAUGCCACGCCGCUUGCAUGCUGCAAGUCUCACAAGCGAAGCAAAUGCUGUUGGUGUAAUGUCCACUUCGACAAUGCCAUCUACGGGCGCGGCGAGCGUAGGAGCAGCUGUUACCACAGCUCCAGCAGGUACCCAAGCACAAACCAUAACAGCAGCGACAACAGCAGCGUGGGGUGGGGUGGUGCAUGGUGUGGGUGCGAAUGAAGCCAAUGCGGGUCUGGCCGUGGAUAUCGCGACUGCCUCACGUGAAGCGCAGCGUAAUGCACCAAUGCCCGUGACCACGUCGACGUUGUUGCAUGUCCUAGACCGCAUGCCCGAGGUAAAGAACAAGAUUCAAUUAAUCCUGAACCGCACAGACUGUUCCGAGUCGCAGAAGGUGGCGAUGAUCGCUCGAUUGUUGAGCAACACGAACGCCAUCAACAACACGAACGCGCUCGGAGCAUCCGGCCCAAUGCCUCUGCCUGACGUGUCGUCUGCGAGCAGCUCUGCGGUGUUGUCGGCGCUAACUGCUGACCUGAGCUCGUCCAAUAGAUCCAUCGGUACGAAGACGCCAAUCCCGAUGCCAGCGUCACUGGACCAAAUGUCGCCGACGUUGAACACGUCGUCCACGCGAGCUCCGCCGGGACAGAUCCAGCAGCCACCACCAGCGAAGUAA